CGCGCUUUCUAUACAGAGGGGAAAAAAAAGAAUUAUUUACGUGUUUUUUUUUUCUUAUUAUAUUUAUUUGUUGAAAGUCUCGUGUUGCUUUAGUGGAAAAGUUCGAAGCGCGCACUCGCGGCGGUUCAGGUGGACACAGGACCAAUACUUUUGAAAGCAGGACAACUUUACAUCUCCGUGUGAUGAGCCGUCAUUAACUCUGGCAUGCAGCUGAUGUGAACUGACGCCAGCAUCGUUUAAGGCAAAGCUUCUUCUGUUUCAUUCCACAAUGAAGGACGACUUUACUGAUGAGGAGGAAGUGCAGUCCUUUGGCUACAAACGAUUUGGUAUCCAGGAGGGAAAUGAAUGCACUAAAUGUAAAAAUGACUGGGCACUACGGGCAGCCAUUGCUUUCCUGUACGUUCUGUGUGCACUGCUCACAAUAGCUGUGGCUGUAUUAGGAUACAAAGUGGUCCAGCGGAUGGAUGAUGUGACUGAGGGUAUGGAGAACUAUGAAGGCAAAAUCACUGCUGUAGAAACAGAUUUGAAGAAGCUUGAUAGUCAAACAGGAGAGAAGUCAGAUAAUGCCACAAGUGAAAUCCUGUCAUUCAAGGCAGAAAUCCAGACAUUGCAGAACCAAAUAAAUAACAUUGCCGUAAGCGCAUCUACCAACAGGGCAGCGCUGGAUGAGCUACGAGUUGUAGGAGAGGAUAUGCAAAGUGGCCAUGUAUCACUGAGAGACCUUCUAGAAAGCAACACCAAUACAAUCCUCACUGUCAACCGUACACUUACCACAUACAACAACCUGAUUGGUGGACUGAAGUCAGAUACAGAAAGGCUCCAAUCAGAUCUUCAGGUUCAGACAAGGGAUCAAAGUCUCUCCACCCACAACCUCAAUGUUCUUAAUUUCACACAGAGCCAGCAAAGAAGUCUUAUCAGCACUCUCCAGAGUUCAGUGGAGGAUACCAGCCAGGCAGUUCAGAAGCUGAAGAAUGAUUUCCAAAGCCUACAGCAGGUGGCCAGGCAGACUAAGGCAGAUGCUGACUGGCUCAGAGAAAAAGUGCAGAACCUCCAGUUGCUGACUACCAACAACUCAGCACUGGCCCGUUCCAACAGCGAUACUCUUGAGGAAAUAGUAUCACAGCUUAGUUCACUGUCUGAGCAGUUUCAAAAUGUGUCGGCUAUUACAGACAAUCAUGACCAGAAUCUGCGUGAGAUCAUGGAUCAUCAGCGCGAUCAUGACAAUGCCACCAGCAACAGGUUUGACACUUUGGAGGCACGUCUGGAUCGCAACGAGGAGGACAUGGACCGCAUCACAGGGAAUGUGAGCUUUGCUACUCAGCUGCUUGGAUCCAUCAGCACUGACCUAAAUGGCCUUCGCACCUGUGCUGAAACAGUGACAAGGCACUCGGACUUACUGCUGGUCCUCAACAGUAGCAUUGUGGAAGCCAGGGCAGAUGGUACUGAGCUCAAAACCCAGCAGGAAGAGCUUGCUGCCAGACUUGAUAAAGAAGUGAGCAGCCUCUCCAUAGUUAUGGAAGAAAUGAAACUGGUGGACAGCAAGCACACGCAACUCAUAACCAACUUCACUAUCCUUCAAGGUCCCCCUGGUCCGAGAGGUCCUCGGGGGGAUAGAGGACCCCAGGGGCCUGCAGGGAAACAAGGUGAGAAAGGUGAGAUUGGAGAAAAGGGUGCUCCAGGUACAUCAGGGCCUAAAGGAGAAAAAGGUCCACCUGGAAUUCCUGGGGUUCCUGGCUUCAAAGGUCCUCCUGGACCAAGAGGAAACCCUGGGUCGAAGGGCUCAAGAGGAUCAGGGGGUCGUGCUGGGCCUCCUGGGGAGAAGGGUGAUCCAGGAAUAACUGGUCUACCUGGCAGAGAUGGUCAACCAGGUCCUCAGGGCCCUCAGGGGCUCCCAGGACCACAAGGGCCAGUGGGACCUGUGGGACCACCAGGACCUCCUGGCCCUUCUGGCCCUAUUGGUCUACAGGGACCACCGGGCCCAACUGGACCUCCUCCUCAAGUAACUAAACCUUUGCGACCGAUAGAACCACAAAGCUCAAUGUCCCGCCAGGUUUCUGAACCUCAUCCCACCAGCACACCAGGAUGCCCACGUCAGUGGAAGAGCUACAAAGACAAGUGCUACUACUUUUCAGCUCCACCAGAGCAAUUAAAUUAUGAAGAAACAAAAGAAAUGUGCAAAAAUAAGACUUCUACUAUGCUCACAAUUCAUAAUGAGGAUGAACAGAAUUGGAUUCGGAGGCAAGUCGCAGGAAAGGGUUUCUUUUGGUUAGGGCUUACAGACAAAAUAGAUGAAAACACCUGGAGAUGGCCUGAUGGAACCCUCCCCACCUUCACAAAUUGGAAACCAGGCCAACCAGACAACUGGAAUCAUGGCCACGAAGAAGGAGAAGAUUGUGCAGGACUCAUUCAUGAGGCAAAAGAAACAGAGGGCCGAGCUUAGACCUGUCUUGUUGUUGUUCCUGUUUAUAUUCCGGCGAUGCCUCUUUUCACGUCCAAUCCUUUUGAUCAAGAUGUUGAAAAAGCAACCAGUGAGAUGAAUACAGCUGAGGACUGGGGUCUCAUACUGGACAUAUGUGAUAAGAUUGGACAGUCACGAACCGGACCUAAAGAAUGCCUUCGCUCGAUUAUGAGGCGGGUCAACCACAAGGACCCCCAUGUAGCCAUGCAGGCUCUGACAUUAUUAGGGGCUUGUGUGUCAAACUGUGGGAAAAUCUUCCAUUUGGAGGUGUGCUCGCGAGAGUUUGCCAGUGAAGUUAGCAAUGUCUUAAACAAGGGCCACCCAAAAGUAUGUGAGAAGCUCAAGGCCCUUAUGGUAGAAUGGGCUGAGGACUUCCGGAAUGACCCCCAGCUCAGUCUCAUAUCAGCUAUGAUUAAGAACCUAAGAGAGCAGGGCGUCACCUUUCCUGCUGUCGGCUCCCAGGCAGCAGAGCAAGCUAAAGCCAGCCCUGCUUUAGUCGCCAAAGACCCAGCAACCACCACAACCAAGAAAGAGGAAGAGGACUUGGCCAAAGCCAUUGAGUUGUCCUUGAAGGAGCAGCGGCUGCAGAACCCGACCUCGUUUUCUGGCCUUUACCCGAAUGCUAGCAGCCUUCUCACUUCCCAGAAAGCUGAUGGUAGGAAAGUUCGGGCUAUUUACGAUUUCGAGGCUGCAGAGGACAACGAGCUGACCUUUAAAUCUGGAGAGAUCAUCACUAUCUUAGAUGACAGUGACCCCAACUGGUGGAAAGGUGAGACAUAUCAGGGUGUGGGCCUUUUUCCAUCUAACUUUGUCACAGCAGAUCUGACAGCAGAGCCGGAGAUGAUGAAAACGGAGAAAAAGACGGUACAGUUCAGUGAGAAUGUCCAAGUGGAGACCAUCGAGCCAGAGCCUGAGCCUGUCUACAUAGACGAGGAGAAAAUGGACCAGUUGCUACAGAUGAUCCAGAGCGCAGAUCCAACAGAUAAUGAGUCCGACGCCUGUGAGCUGCUCCAACUGGAGGGUGCUUGUAACCAAAUGGGUCCACUCAUUGAUCAGAAACUAGAAGAAAUUGACAGGAAGCAUUCUGAGCUGUCUGAACUUAACGUGAAGGUGAUGGAGGCUCUGUCAUUGUACGCCAAGCUGAUGAACGAGGACCCCGUGUACGCCAUGUAUGCAAAACUGCAGAGCCAGCAGUACUACAUGCAGCAGCCAGGCACCUCGCAGCAGGUGUACCCAGGGCAGGCAACUGCAGGACAGUAUGCAGUGGCCGCUACAGGGGUGCAGGGUUACAGUGUUCCUGUGGAGCAAAUUCCUGCCAUGAACCAGGUGCAGCCUUUACCAGGCCAAGCAGCACCCAGUGAUGUGCACAUGUACAUAGGCCAGGCGCCCGUGUACAGCGCUCCUGCAGGCAGCAUGGUUCAUGGGGAGGUGCAGCAGGCAUACCCGAACACCGCCAGUGGACAGGCAGGCCUGACCCAAACUCCCAGCUACAGCUGUGCCAAUCCCACAGACCCUCAACAGAACCCUUACUCAGAAAAAGCCCUCUUAUAGGACCCGCAUACACGGCUCUUGUCCCUCUUCUCCAGUAUACAUACACACACACCCUUCUCAUGAACAAAGAGGUGCAUUCUAACACUAAACCAACGCCACGGGUACAGACCGACCCACGCUCCUAGUUCCACGUCAUUGUUUCUGAUGAACGUACAUGUGUCCUUAAACACUACACUCUCUCUUUCUCUCUCAUUAAUGCACCCAGAAAGUAGAAGCCACAGAAACACUCAGUUCGACCAAGUAAAGGACAUGAAAUAUUGAUUUACUACUGACUGGUUACAGUAUGCAGUUUGAAGUAAGACAGACAGAGGAGUCGCUCACUCUCUUUAUCCAUCUAACUAGCUCUUUCUCUCUUUCCCUUUCUCUCUCUGGCUUAUUAUAUCUUUCUAUCCUGUGAUCUGUUUCUUUUUUUCAUGCUAUAUCUUUAUCCAGUUAUCUAUCUCUGUUUAUAUUUCUCUCUGUUUCAAGCUCUUUAUCUGACUUGCUUCACCUCCACCCUACCUUUUUUUUAAACCACAUUGUCUCUGAAUUUUAUACUUUCUCUCUCUGUCUUUCUCUGUCAUAGACUGAGCUGAUGUCUGCCUAAUGUCUUUUAAAGAUUACACACUUAAAUGUUUUGGAUAAGCUUGAACACGAACAGAGCAUGCACGUGUACAUAGUUUUCCAUUCUGUUUUGAACCUUGAUCAGUCACAGGUGUUUGGUGCUACAGGGUUUCAUAGGAGAAAUGUUCAGAUCUUGUGUGUGUGUAGAGGUCAGUCUGCAUACGUGAGCAUAUGGCCUUCAUUUGUGAUCAGUUUUCAAAGAGCAUCACAGCCAUUCCACCUCUCCUGUGGGACUGUGUAGCACAGCACCAGCAUGGUCCUUAAAGUGGUGCAGUCCAAUCCCUGCAGUUCUCAAUGGCACAGCCCAUCUUCGAUCUAUGGUCUCGAAGCAUUUCUUUAACACAGUGUUAAAUUGAUUCUUAAUUGUAGUCUGUCUUUAUUUAUUUUUGUCUGUUAUUUUAAAUGCACUGUACUUUGAUAUAAAGAGAAUAAGGAGGAUAUUCUGCUAAAAAAAAUGUAGAAGUGUGUAUAUACGAGAAACCUGUGUUACAGCUCCUUCUGUUGAAAGAGCGCAGUGAAAGGCAUGUAGUAAUAUAACUCGAAGAGGAUGAUGAUCAUGUUAUGCACUUUUCAUUUCGACUCUCAGUCCCAAGUUUCAGCUCGCCUCAAGUUGUAAAACAUUUUAACCACGGAAGGACUAAAGCGGCUAACUGAAGACUUUUAAUUAUUUAGGCACUGGAAAUUUUAAGAUUUCAACACACUAAAUAAAUGACUGUACAUUUUGUAUGUCUAAUUCUCCUGCACCGAGAACCUGUUGUGUAUGGAGUAUGUGGGAAUGAGUUUAGUCCAGCCUAACAUCACUACAUUUUUAAUUAUCAUGGGAGACUGAGUGCGAGUUUAUUAGGAUGUGCUAUCGGGAUCAGAAGUCGUAUCCUCUUUGCCCUCGUAUCAUCUGUGUAGUGGGAUUAUUUAAAAUAUUAAAGAGUUAAGCUGACAGAUCUUGACCUGGGGACAAUGAGCCAGUUCCGACAUGGUCCGCCACUUUUAACACGCAGCUGUGAUCCUGAUGUAAACUUUAUUCGCAGGGAGAAUGACUGUUUUCAUGUUUUAAAGGUUUUUGGUGUAUCAGUUCCGUUAAAUGUAUCUAGUUGUUUAUGUACUAUUUUAAUCAUCUGAAUGAUUAGUAUUCACAUUAAAAUUAGCCCAAAUGUA